CGCGCGGGAUUUGCCGCCUUCAGCUGCAGCAGCUGCGGCGGCGGUGGGAAGAGGGGUGGAGGGCGGUGAGGAGGGCUGGAACCCGGGCCAGGAGGGAGGAAGAGGGAGGGAGGGGGGCCGGGAGGCUGUGCCAGGCGAGCCGGAGGGGUGCUCAGCGCUCCCCCGCCCUCCUUCCGGGAGCGAGGAUGCAGACUCUGAAACUGGCGCUGCUGGGCUGAGGCAGAGGCAGGGGAGUUGCAGCGCGCGCGGCUCCGUGAGUGUGUCUCCUGAGCGCGGAGAGGCGGGGGGAGGCGGAGGACGAGGAGGAGGAGGAGGAGGAGGAGGAGGAGGGGGAGAAUGCCCGGAGCCGCCGUCGCUGCCGCCGCCGCCGCCGCGAUGCUCCCGGCUCAGGAGGCUGCCAAGCUGUACCACACCAACUAUGUGCGGAACUCGCGGGCCAUCGGCGUGCUGUGGGCCAUCUUCACCAUCUGCUUUGCCAUCGUCAACGUGGUGUGCUUCAUCCAGCCCUACUGGAUUGGCGACGGCGUGGACACCCCGCAAGCCGGCUAUUUCGGGCUCUUCCACUACUGCAUCGGCAACGGCUUCUCCCGGGAGCUGACCUGCAGGGGCAGCUUCACGGACUUCUCCACGCUGCCCUCGGGCGCCUUCAAAGCCGCCUCUUUCUUCAUUGGCCUCUCCAUGAUGCUCAUCAUCGCCUGCAUCGUCUGCUUCACCCUCUUCUUCUUCUGCAACACGGCGACGGUGUACAAGAUCUGUGCCUGGAUGCAGCUCACCUCCGCUGCCUGCCUUGUGCUUGGCUGCAUGAUUUUCCCCGAUGGCUGGGAUUCAGAUGAAGUAAAACGGAUGUGUGGAGAAAAGACAGACAAGUACACUCUGGGGGCUUGUUCAGUCCGCUGGGCAUACAUCCUGGCUAUUAUUGGGAUUUUGGAUGCCCUGAUCCUUUCCUUUCUGGCGUUUGUGCUUGGUAACCGACAAGACAGCUUGAUGGCCGAGGAACUGAAGGCAGAAAACAAAGACGACGGAAAUGCUUAAAGCAAACUAAGGUAGUGUGAGACCACACCAUUUCUGCUAAGCCAAUAUUCUCUAGAAUGAGCACAAAACAAAUCAAAUAACAGCUAAACAAAUCGAAUAAGAGCUUUUGUACAUCAACAUCAAGAAGGAGGACUUGCGAGAAAUCAGAGUACAGAGACAGAUCUGGACAAGAGUGAACCGUCUACUUGUCAAAGCACCUUCUAAAUCUGGACCGGCAGAGAUGGCAGUGAUUUUCUGGAAGGAGAUGUGAUAAUGGAUUAAACACCAGCUCAUGGGAAGAUAUCGUCGAAUAAGAUCAGAUCACAUUCAUGAGAAGUCACAUUCAGGAAAUAUUUUAAGAGAAAGGAAUAUAAAUGUGCUAGAAUUAACAUGUAAAAUAUAUAUGUACUGAGGUUUGUAAACUGUCCUUUUUUAAUCAAACUAAAAACAAAAAGCUUUAAUCUUUCAACCUUCUUUUAAAAAAAGGCAGUCAAUCCUAAAUUAUUCCUAUCUCAAUAGCCAAGAGGCUGAUCAAGCGUCAUUUACAGAGGAAGGCAGCUUAGGAAAAUGCCUCAGCGUAUUUUCUCAGGAGCCGUGAUCUUUGGUUCCCCAUCUCUGCCGUGCGUUUAUUUCACUGUGUAAUUAGUAAAACCACUCAGUUCAGAGAUGUAACACUUCAAACUUUUUACAGAGUCUGUGUUCAGUUUAAUCUGUCUGUACAAGUUAUUGCUGAGAAAGUGAUUUCUGACAUAUACUAGAACUCCAUCAAGCUGUAUAUUACAGGAAGUACAUCUUUACAUCAUAGGUCCCUGAGCAACCUAGCUACCCCUAUCUUUCAGGAAACAGCAUCAGGGAACUCUGAAAAAUAUAGAAAGCUCAUUUUCACCUUGGAUGCUCACAUGUAAUAUAUAGGCUGCUAUCAAAUAAACACUUUUUUUCUAAUUCUCCCUAGUAAAUGCAUAAGAAUUUAAUAUACUUUAUAACUAGGCAUCUAAAAGCUCUCCUUUUUUUUCCCCUCUAUUUCUUUGCUAUACUUGUCAUCAGAAAUCCAUAGCCUUUCUUUCCCUUACUAACAGGUCUCAUUUUUGUUUUAAAAAAAAAAAAAAGUGUUCCAUUAAGCCUAUUUCUAAAUGAUAGUAAGUGGUACUAACAAAAUAAAUAAUAAUUUAAUAGCCUUAGAAAUAAAUGAAUAUAUACUUAUACAGGUCAAGAAACUUGGUAGGAGUAAGUUGCCUGUUUGUUUACUAAUGUUGGUUUCAAGAAUACUCAGAUUUCUUUGAGUUGGUUGAUAUUUGGAAGUAGUUCCAACUGGUCAGUUGUCUUCAACAGUCUUUUGCUCCCAGGCUUCCCCCACCAUAACCCUCAUCACAUACCUGGCCAAUAUGCAGAAAAAUACGUAAUACUGUAGUAGCCAACUUCUUGAGAAUGGGCACAAACUAAAAUGUACAUGCCAGAGGCGUAAUCAGUGUGAGCCACACCAUGCUCCAUACCUGAGUAAAACAUGGACACAUAGAAUGCCUUCAUUUUUAAACUCAAAAUUAAGAUCGAAUUAGCAUACAUCCCCGUAACGCCAGAGGGAGGAUAAGACAGGAAGUGAUACAGAUAGGAGCUGAUUUCUUGUUCCCUGUCUCUCUACAGACAACACUCCCAUUUUUGCCAAAUGUUUUUGGUACAAGCUAUCUUUUCACCCUAAAUGAGAUUAUGUUUUAAAUGGCUAAGAAUAUAUUACAGGUAUUCUCAAAUGAGUGAACCCCAAAUCACAAAGAUGUGGGUUUUCUAAAGAACCAGAUUAAGGAAAUACUUACUAUCUCUAAAGGAUUAGCCAUUCUGGGAGUUACCUGUUACAGUAAAUAUUAGCUCUCCCCCUACAUUCCAAACUCCCUCCUUAAGAAAAUUAAUUACACACAACUUUUCAAGAAUUCAUCUUUUAUUUAAAGGGAGGUACCUCUCUAUCUACCAGAAUAUUAGAAAGUGUCGGUUUUCUCUAAUCCGUGUAAAUUACAGAUUCCACUGGGAGCCCUCCAUCACGGAUAGUGAUGUUUACGAAAACGAAGAAGUGCUUCCUAUCCACAUGCAAAUGUUUUGUAAAAUUUUUUUCUGUAAGACCUAAGUGUAAUUUAGCAUACCACAGUGCUCUGAGGAGGGUCAUCGAUGAUGUACCAUUUGUACAUAGGUAAUACACCUGUAAAUCACUAAGUGUUAAGAAGUAUGUUUUUAUCUUUUUAAAAAAAAAUGUGACUCCCUUUCUCAUUCUGUUCCGUUGUAUUGCGUCCAAAAAGUUGUGUGUAAUUUUUUUAAGGUCCAGGAAAUGUAAAGAAAUUUGUUGGAAUAUCUGAAUUUCUGUA